UCACGACAAUAGUUUAGACAAUGCUUCAAGUAGUGCUUCAGAUAGUGAUUCAGGUUGUGAUUCAGGUAGUGAUUCAGGCGGUGCCUCUGGUGGUGGUUCUAGUGGUGCAUUUGGUGGUAGUUCUGAAGAUACUUCUAGUAGUAAAAUCGUAAUAUUAAAAAAUAACAAAAAUAGAUAUGUAAAUAAUUAA